AUGUCCAAUCCUCCGCUAGCAACAACCUCCACUUCCCGACCAGUCGAUUACCCCCACAGAGCUGAAUUCCACCUCGACGACUCUGAAAUCAAUCAGCAUCAGCGAUCCUCAUCCAAGCUUGUUGGUAGCCCUUUACUCUACGCCAUUACAUGCUUUGCAUCCCUUGGUGUUUUCUUGUUCGGAUACGAUCAAGGUGUUAUGAGUGGUAUCAUCACUGGCCCAUACUUCAAGUCUUACUUUGGCAACCCAACUGCUACUCAAUUGGGCACUAUGGUCGCUAUUCUUGAAGUUGGUGCUUUCAUCACUUCACUCCUCGCAGGCACCAUCGCUGACAAAAUUGGCCGCAAACGCACUCUUUUCUGGGGUGCAGCUGUCUUUGUGAUUGGUGGUGGCAUCCAAAGUGGCAGCACUAGCUUCAUGGCUAUGGUCCUUGGUCGCAUCAUAUCCGGCUUUGGUGUUGGCUUGCUAUCCAUGAUCGUACCUAUUUAUCAAAGCGAAAUUUCACCAGCUGACCAUAGAGGUAAAUUAGCCUGUAUCGAAUUCACAGGCAAUAUUACAGGAUAUGCUUGCUCAGUUUGGCUUGACUAUUUCACCUCCUUCAUCAAAUCUGACGCUUCUUGGCGUCUACCCCUCCUUUUUCAAUGUAUCAUAGGUGGUAUCCUGGCAUUAGGCUCUCUCAUUAUCCCAGAGAGCCCAAGAUGGCUGCUUGACCAAAAGCAGGAUGAUGAGGGCUUCAGAGUGCUUGUUGACAUCCACGGUGGCUACUACAACAACGUAAAGGCUGAUCGGGAGUAUCGUGAAAUAAGGGAUGCUGUUGAGCAAGACAGUAUGGAACCCGACAGAUCAUACACGUGUUUAUUCAAAAAGUACAAAGCAAGAGUUUUCAUCGCAAUGAGUAGUCAGCUUUUUGCACAGCUGAAUGGGAUUAACGUCAUUUCGUACUACAUGCCUCUAGUCAUGAUAAGUGCUGGAUGGGUUGGCAGAGAUGCCCUAUUGAUGACUGGUAUCAACUCACUGGUAUACAUCGCAUCAACGAUUCCACCAUGGUAUUUGGUAGACAAAUUGGGUCGUCGCUUCAUUCUAUUAAGCGGUGCAACUGUUAUGUGUUUUUCUUUGACUCUCACCGGGUGGUGGAUCUACAUUGACGUCCCAAUCACCCCUACUGCAGUCGUUAUCUGCGUCAUUGUGUUCAAUGCAGCCUUCGGUUACUCAUGGGGACCAAUCCCCUGGUUAUACCCACCAGAGAUAAUGCCACUCUCUUUCAGAGCUAAGGGAGUCUCACUAUCUACAGCAUCAAACUGGGCGGCAAAUUUUUUGGUCGGAGAGCUCACUCCGAUACUUCAAGAUGUCAUUCAGUGGAGGCUCUAUCCAAUGCACGCACUAUUCUGUGCAUGUAGUUUCGUAUUGGUUUAUUUCCUCUACCCUGAAACAGCCAACAUUCCUCUUGAGGAGAUGUCUGAUGUCUUUGGUGACUCAGAUCCUUCUCCGGAAGAAGUCGAGCAGCUUUCUCUGAGAAAGCAAACGAGAUCAUUACGCCAAUCCUCUGUAAAUUUGCCUUCUUUAGCAAACUUCAACGAAUAUGAUCAGAGGCAACGUCAAUCAGAGACCAACUUGCGCCAACAAUUUAGUCAAAACAUUUUCCUAAACUCAGUCAACAAUAUCAAAAAAUGGAUUAACAAAGGCAAACCUGCAUCUAGGAACGUUGAAGGAUCAGAUUCUUACGAAAGACUUGGUCAAUCUGAUAUUUAG